AUGCAAGAACUGGACCUCCAGUCCGGCCUGGACUUCAGUGAAUCUAACGCCAACGAUGCUGCGUUCUGCUUGGCUGCAUCAGUACUGAGCAAGGAGGUGUUUGAACGUUUCCUAGCUAUAAUUUCGGCCUCGAGGGACAAAAAUACUACUCCCGCCAUUUUCCCACAAGCAAGACCCGCACAGGCUCAUGCCGACGCAGCACGUGCUGCAUUUUUCGAGAACAAGACUAAGCAGUCAACAAAGCAUGUGGCGCUCAGUACAUACGUCUCACGUCUGAGUGAGUAUCAUUUUGCCAAAGAAAUGGUCGAGGCAAAAGGGACAAGGGAGCGGUGCAGCACCUCCUUCCUCAACCAAGUGCUCGGCCAUAUGGGUUCCAGCCAGACUACCGACGCGCGGAGAUCUUUGUCCUCCCUAAUGGCACGUGGCCGAAAAUGGAUGGUCAUCUGCGAAUCGCCGUCGCUGAGCAGAGGGCUCCUUGCAUUGAUACCCUAUGCGUCAGACGACACCGUCCGGAAGAUGAGCCUGGAUAAGGUGGCCGCGUUCACGGCGUAUCUUGAACGACAGCCACACACCCGCAGGCUCAUACAGAAGCUCUGCGGGCUCGGCACGUUGAUCGAGCGUUUUGUUUGUAAGGGCGAGCUCAAGUUUCAGUUUGAAUUGGACACGUCCAUUGCGGCCGACCAGCCUCUUUCGAUCGAAAUGUUCAAACAGGAUCGUUAUCUGCGCGAGAACAAGUACAGCACCGAGCACGACUGGGCGGAAGCACCGCAGGGGUGGAAUGGGACUGGCCAAUGGAUCCAACCUGGGUGCCAGAGGACUCGCAAGGCUGCGCCAUGUGCAAUCAGCCCGACCACUGCCACUGUGCCUCGCAAAUCGGCACAGGCAACAACCGCCGCAUCGUCAAUUGUGUUUCAGAAGCCCAUACCAACAGCUAUCACGAGAUCCGAAUACAUAGGGGAGUUUACGGGAGAGCUGCUGCCGGUCGACGCUGCAGUCGAGUACGGCAUAGUCCUGGAAAUAUGCCGCCCUGAUGCUCUGUUUGCGCCGGCAGUGUGCUUGCUGCAGUGCGGGAAGGCUGGGAACUGGACCCGGCUCGUCAACCAUUCCUGUCAUCCAUGCGCAGAAAUAGUCACCCAGGUCAUCAGCGGCAGGGUUCGUGUCAUGCUACGCGCAUUGGUCGACAUUCAGGACGGCAUGGAGAUCACUAUCGGGUACGGGAGGGACAACUUCAAGAGCACAAAUUGCGCAUGUGCGAAAUGUGCUGAGUAG